AGUGCCGAGUCCACCUGCGACUCCCGGGAGCCGACCGAGCGAGCGAGAAAAGCCGACAAAACCCGUUUGUGCGGCGGGCUGCGCGCUCUCUCGCUCGCUCUUCCUCCUGCUCGUCUUUUUUCUCCCUCAUCCCCUCCCCAGUUGCCCGGGCCGCAACCAGUUCCCGUCCCAACCAGACAGGCCAGUUCUGCCACCCACUGACUGCCAGACAUGACACAAGAGUACGACAACAAAAGGCCAGUCCUGGUUCUUCAGAAUGAAGCCCUCUACUCCCAGCGGCGGCCGUAUACCAGUGAGGAUGAAGCUUGGAAAUCCUUCCUUGAAAACCCUCUCACAGCAGCUACCAAAGCCAUGAUGAGCAUCAAUGGGGAUGAAGACAGCGCUGCUGCCUUGGGAUUGCUGUACGACUACUACAAGGUUCCCCGCGAAAGGAGAACAUCAGCGGUAAAAACAGAUGUGGAUCAUCCUGAUCAAGAUCAUGGCAAAAGGAACGGCAUACCAAACAUGGCGGAACAAUCACUCAUUUCUACUGGGGAAAACAGAGUGCAAGUCUUGAAAAAUAUGCCUUUGAAUAUUGUCCUUCCGCACACUUCCCAAAUGGGUGUUGACAAGAGGGGCCAUCUGACCACUCCAGAUACAACGGUCACUGUCUCUAUUGCUUCCAUGCCCACCCAUUCAAUCAAGACAGAGACACAGUCGCACAGCUUUGCCGUGGGCAUCCCUCCAGCUGUCUAUCACCCUGAGGCUCCUGAGCGGGUGGUGGUUCUGGAUCGGAGUCUCAGCGCUGACCAGUUUAGCUCUAGUGCCCAGCCUCAGAAUUCCCAGCGGCGUACUCCAGACUCCACCUUCUCAGAGCCUUUUAAAGAAGGUGUUCAAGAGGUCUUCUUUCCUACUGAACUGAAUCUCCGGAUGGCCAGCAUGAAUUCUGAAGACUAUGUGUUUGAAAGCAUUGCUGGGAACAACUUUGAAUACAUGCUAGAAGCUUCUAAAUCGCUUCGACAGAAGCCAGGAGAUAAUACAAUGACUUACCUAAACAAGGGCCAGUUUUAUCCAAUCACACUGAAGGAAAUUAGUGGCGGUGAAGGAAUCCAUCAACCCAUCAGUAAAGUCCGUAGUGUUAUCAUGGUUGUAUUUGCUGAAGACAAAACAAGAGAGGAUCAACUCAGGCACUGGAAGUACUGGCACUCCAGGCAGCAUACGGCCAAACAAAGGUGCAUUGAUAUAGCUGACUACAAGGAAAGCUUCAACACCAUCAGCAACAUUGAAGAGAUAGCCUACAAUGCCAUUUCUUUCACUUGGGACAUUAAUGAUGAAGCGAAGGUCUUCAUUGCUGUAAACUGCCUCAGUACAGACUUCUCUUCCCAGAAAGGUGUCAAAGGACUUCCUCUGAAUCUUCAGAUUGACACCUACAGCUACAACAACAGGAGCAACAAGCCUGUCCACAGAGCUUACUGCCAGAUUAAAGUCUUUUGUGACAAGGGAGCAGAGAGGAAGAUCAGGGAUGAGGAACGAAAGCAAAGCAAAAGAAAAGGCAAGUGCACUGACCCCAGCUCCCAGCUGAAUGCCUUUUCUGAUGUCAAAGUACCCCUACUUCCCUCCCACAAGCGAACCGACAUCACUAUAUUUAAGCCACUUAUGGAUCUUGAUACUCAGCCUGUUCUCUUUAUACCUGAUGUUCAUUAUUCUAAUCUUCAGCGUGGAGCUCACGUCUUUCCUAUUGCAUCUGAUGAACUGGAGGGCGAAGGCUCUACCAUGAAGAGGGGGCCUUAUAUAAAUGAAGAUGAUUUUGCUGCCCCCGCAAUAAAGCUAUCAAGAAUAGAAGAGCCGAAAAGAGUGUUGCUGUAUGUCCGAAAGGAAUUGGAAGAAGUCUUUGAUGCACUUAUGCUCAAAAUUCCCUCUCUGAAAGGUCUAAUGGAAGCUAUCUCUGAGAAAUAUGAUGUGCCUUUGGAUAAAAUUGGAAAAGUCUUCAAGAAAUGUAAAAAAGGGAUCUUAGUGAACAUGGAUGAUAAUAUUGUGAAGCACUAUUCCAAUGAAGACACCUUCCAGUUACAGAUUGAAGAAGCUGCUGGAUCAUACAAACUCACUCUUACUGAAAUCUAAGCUUGUUUGGGCCUUUUAAAAUGGAUUGUAAAUGAAGGUUGUGAACACAAACCUUUCAUUUAUUUUUGUCCUCAGGAUUAAAUGUGCCUCUAGGGGAGAAGUCAUUAUUCUUCCAGAGAAUAAUACCUUUUGUUGUUGUUUAAACAAGGUUGAUAAUCCAUUCUUGUAUCCCUUGAAAUAGGUGAACAAAAGGUUUUAUUUAUUUUUAAAUUCCAGAAUAGCAGGUCUAACCAAAGCACUAUAAAAUUGCCUUUUUGUGGCAUUACCUGCACAUCCUCAUCCCAAUUAAUUAUAUAUGUGGAUUUGUUCAUCAUGUUGAUAAUCUCUUACAGGGCUAUUUCCAAAUGAGUAUAGCUGCAAAACUCUAAUUAAUCCUUGCAGGAGUUCUGGACAGGGGUGGGAAUGGACUCUAUGAUGUUUACUGCUGAAUAGGGGAUAUUGCUGUAAAUAUACUUCUCCAGCUUCUUAGAAAUAUCAGACUGUCUUGUUUUAUGAAGUACUCCCUUUAUGUUAGUGUAUGAAUCCCAUUUAUGAGUUGUAUUUGUAUAUAAGUGCAAUAUGUUUUGAAGGGUUGUAAAUGUGUACAUAUAAGUCAUAUAUAUAAUAUAUAAAAUAUAGUAUAUAUAUAGAGUGUGUGUGUGUGUGAGAGAGAGAGAGAGAGAGAGAGAGAGAGAGAAUAUUUGCAAUGAAGUGCAUCCGAAAGGAACAUUUGUAAAUAAUAAUACAAUAUUGAGAAAAGCGCCCCAAUUCUAAAUUAUGUCGAACAUGUUCAAUCUCUUGUAAGGUGUAAUUGCAUAAAAAGCAGGAGCGUAGGGAGGCUGGUGGCCGCCUGUGUGUGGUGGCCACCGUGGCCCCCUGGCCCUGCAUCUGAUGUCACAUGCAGAGUCCCGGCUAGCCACGCCCCUGCGUCUGAAGUCAGACACUGGGGACGUGGUCUCCCUCCCAAACGGGGCCGCGCAGCCCCAUUUGGAAGGGAGAUCGGCCUGCGCUGCAUUAGGCAGCAUGGGCCAGAGUGACUCCCCUUGAUUAAAGGCAGGGAGAGCCAUUCCGGCUGCGCUGCCAAUGCAGCGCAGGCCGAUAUCUCUCCUAAACGGGGCCGGGCGGUCCUGUUUGGAGGGAGAUUGAUUGGCCCUGCUGCAUUGGCAGCAAAACUAGGAGAAGCUCUCCCUGCCGCGCUGCCAACACGGCGCGGGCCAAUUUUGGCUCCAAACGGAGCCAUGCAGCCCCUUUUGGGACCUAAAUAGCGGCCCCACGUCCGAUGUCAGAUGCAGGGUGUGUGUCUGGGGUCACGCUCGCAGCCCCUAAUUGGUGGCGGCCUGGGUUCUUUGAACCUGUUCACCCAAUGGUGAUAAAAAGAAAUUGGUUUCUGCAUAGCAUAUUUAAUCUUUCAUUAUCAGGAAUCAAACUGAAUCUAGCUCCUUGUAAAAGAAUGAAGUUCAAGGUUACCAGUAAAGUAUCAAUAUUGUAUAACAGCAAGAAGUAUGUUACUCGCCCCCUACCCCACCACCAGAUGCAGGUUUGAGGGGCAGUAGGCAUCAUCCAUGAAGUAAGGAUUUGAGGCCUUGUACCUCAGGACAUAAGCCAGUCGCUGACAGGGUUUUUUUUUUGCUCCAAGCUUUGCUGUGGCCCAACUUGUCUCUGACACACUGUUGUUCAGACUGCUGAGUCUGCAAGUUAUUUUAUUAUUAUCACAUAAUGUUAUCCUUUCAAGAGGACACUAUUAUUUUUCUGUGACAGUCUUGUGUCAUUUUAGUGAUAAUUUAUGGUUCUAUUUUGGAUAUUACUCCUUUAUUGUGCUGUCUGUGAGCACAGUGAUAGUGGCUAGAAACUGUUUCUGUCUUCUGUUCUGAUGCCAAAUUGUAUAAAGUCGCAGCUCAUAGUGUAGCACAACCAGAUGUCUUGUCUUGUUCACUAAUGAAACUGGAGGUGUUAAUUUUCCUCAGAAAUGAUGUGGCUGACUGGAUGUGAUAAAAUCUGACUCACUUCAGAUAUUACAGGGAACAGCAUGGAUGGUGCCCAGGGGUGGAGUGGGCCUGGUUUCUCACAUGAGGUUCCUGUGUUUCUGGUUUUGGUGGCAGCCACAUGAUAAUAUCAGAAGAGGACCCAAUUAUGUCCACUUCAGCAGUUGCCAGAAGCAGCAGCAUUGCUGCUGCCCAGCCUCAGGUUUCAGGCUCUCACAAUACAAACACUUCAAUGGCUCCUGCAUAUUAUUCCAAACGUGAAUUUUAAAUAGGUAUUGGCUGUAAAGGGCUUUUGUGUACCCAUUGCUACAUUUAGGAAUAUUUUCUUCAAACGGUGGUUGCUUCCACUACAGUUUAGGCUGCUGAUUCAAAGGGAAAACUUGCUUUCACAAUGCUUUCAUACAUGCACCAAUAAAUUAAAUGCACACUUUUAUUUCUGUAGAAAAUGGAAACAUGACUACGAAGAGUGGUAUUGUGUAAGGGGAAGGACUGGAUGCUUUUGUGUGUAAAGUUUGAAUAUAUAUAUGCGCAGACUAUAUAUAUAUGCAGACUGUAUGUAUGUAUAUUAGUCUGAACUAAACUCCUGAUUACUUUCCUGGGAGAUGGGACUUUUAACUGUAGCCAUAUUUGUCAUGUUUUAUGGAGCUGAUUGUGGUCUUUGCUGUUUUGUGUCUCUGUAAUUGCAAAUUUACUGUAAAGCACGAGCCAUUAAAUUUUAUAUGUCAAUUUGUAA